CUUGCAAAAACAAAUCCAUUGAAGACACAUUUCCGCUUAAUUAUAUUAGCAAAAUUGAGUUUGGGCCCGCGGCUUUCUUUGCGUCAACUUCCUAAUUGAUUUUUAAUCAAAUGUCCCACUUGGCGUUGGUAUAAAAACACCACUCGUGCUGACCAAAAGUCAACAGAAUCAAUAUGAACGGCUUAAGCAACAAACUCAUUGGCUGUCAGAUUAAAUUCGCCUUGGUUGUUGGCCUUUUGGUAUCCUUGGCCUGGACACUUCCUGUCGAGGAUGAUGGGAAACCCCUCAGCACAGAAAUUGAUGCUGUGAACACCGAGCAGCCAAUUGAAGCUGCCCCUGUGGUGGAGGAAGUGGAAAAUGUUGGACAGCUCCGAUUCCCGCCUUUCAAUAACAAUGGAACCAAAUUGUUCGAAAGAUUUGGUGAAAAAUUCAGGAACAAGUGGACCACAACUACAACCACAACGACCAAGAGUACAGCAGGAUAAGCUAUAUAAGAAAAAUUAAAAGGACCAUAACCACCAACGAUCAAUAUCCAAAAGAUUGGCACAUAAUUUACACAAAUAUUUAUUUAAAUUAAUUUUAUUAUGCCAGAACUAACAUGUCUUACAUUUUCAAUA